AUGGCCAAACCAUUCCCUGUUGAUCAUAGCUUGACAUCCUUCUGGCGGUCGGAGCCUGAUCCCUUGGACAACUUUCGCUCUACAGAGUCACUCCCAGAAACGAGUGACAUCGUGAUCAUUGGUGCCGGCUAUGCGGGAGCUUCGACUGCUUAUCACUGCCUCGAGCGCAGCCGACUCGUAUCAGCAGAACAGCCUUCCAUUGGCGCAAUGGCAAGUACCCAAUCGAAGUCAUUCCUAGGCUGCUUGUCAAUAUUAAUGCAUGGCGGGUCCUGCCGUGUAGGUGGUCACUUGAAGCCUGAUGUCUUCAAUCGAACCGGUAAUCUGGCCAAGGAGCACGGGUUAGAGGCGGCGGCCGAAGUCGCUGCGUUCGAGAUGGAGCAUGUUUCCGCUAUUCAGGAACUUGUUGAAAAAGAGAAGAUCGAAUGCGAUCUAGAGGUAAACCGAGUAUGCGAUGUCCAAUUUGACAAAGACCAGCUUGCAAAGGUCGAGGCCGGGUACGAUUAUCUUGUCUCUGAGGGCGUGGAAACGAUCAAGGAUGUCGGAUACACUCCGCCUGAAAUGGCAGAGAGCGUAUCCGGUGUAAAGGGGGCCUUGGCUUGCUUCAGCCAGCGUACCGCCCGACUCUGGCCGUAUAAGUUCAUUAUACAUCUCUUGAAGCAGGCCGUGUCAGCCGGAGUAAACCUUCAGACACACACGCCUGUCACAAAGGUGUCUGACGUCCCGGAUGAUGAAGGCCGAUGGACGGUGACGACAGAUCGAGGCUCAAUCCGCGCCAAAUGGGUCGUCUUCUCUACAAACGCAUACACGUCGUCCAUUGCACCCGAGUACAAGGACAAGAUCAUUCCGGUGCGAGGAUUCUGCAGUCGCAUUGUGGUGCCCAAUCCACCUCCAUCGCCGCUCGAACGCUCGUAUAUGCUGCGAUUCAAUGGCUGGCAUUAUGACUACCUCAUUCCCCGUCCAGAUGGCAGUAUUAUUGUAGGAGGAGCGAAGUCGACCUUCUAUUACCAGGACCAAGACAGCUGGUACAACAAUACCGACGACAGCCGAACGGUCGAGGCGGCAGUGCGAUACUUUGACAAUUAUAUGCAGAGACACUUUCAUGGGUGGGAAAACACGGGAGCAUAUACAGACCGGGUCUGGUCAGGAAUCAUGGGAUAUAGUAGCGACUCGCUCCCACACGUCGGGCAUAUUCCAAACAAGCCGGGGCAACUCAUAGUGGCCGGAUUCACCGGACAUGGGAUGCCGCAGGUCUUUCUCUCAACUCGGGGCAUCGCACAGUUGAUUGUCGAGGGGGUUACGUACGAGCAGACGGGGCUGCCGCGUCUAUUCAAGACAACAACUGAGCGGUUGCAGAGCCAGAGAAACAACAUCUUACCCCUUCCUGUGGUAGGAAGCAAGCUGUAG